AUGAGCGCACAGGAGUUCGCCUCUGACUUCCGGACCCUGGCAACCAGCGCAGGAUGGAACGACAAGGCCCAGAUCGAUCACUACUGCUGGGAGGUGCUGCGCUUAGGGCGAUCGGAGGAGGAGCCGUUCCCUGCACCAUCUGUGGCCACAGAGGGCACACUGCUGGCCGAUGCUGGGGAGGUUCCUCUGGGAGUCGAGGCUGCAGGCAGGGCACUCUCGUGUCACCCCAGAGGAGACCUGGGACGCCACCAUGUGCACCUGCAACGGGACAUGAGGCGUCAGAGGCCAGUGGUGGCUGUUCCCAUCCAGGAGUCUGAGGUGCGGAGGUUCCUCCGCCCCUUCUGGACAUCGAGGUGCCCCGCACUCCCGUUCAGUGCAGUUUCAGUGCGGGGGAGACGGUGUCCAGUGGGAGAGGACUGUAUCAGUGUUGGUGGAACGUCCCUCUGUGCAGACCCCUGCCUGCACUACACUGUACUGAAUGAUGCCUGGCGUUCCACCACCAACAACGGCAACGUUAAUGGCGAGCAUUGCGACCAGAGCAUCAACUGGCAGGGCUGGUAUCGCCUGUUCCUUGGGGACACCAGUGUUCAGAUGCCAGAGGUGUGUGGAAAGGUACAUGUGUGGAACCGCUGCCCCAUGUGGCUCACAGAACCUCAUCCCCAGCUGUUAGAUGGGGUGGUUCAGAGGGGUGUCUGUGGACACUGGUUCUCAGAAUGCUGCCGUUUUAGAGAAAAUCCCAUCCAUGUUAAAGCCUGCUAUGGAAAUUACUAUGUCUACAAGUUUGUCCCUCCAACACAAUGCAACUUGGCCUACUGUGCAGAUGUCAACACCAAGGUGUGUUCUACAUGUGGAGUAUUUGACGCCUGUGUGAGUGAUGAUAAGAUCAACUGGAGGUGUGAGAGGAAAGCUCUGGAGCUGGUCUGUGGGCCUAACUUCAUACAGGUGGGUCUUCAGAUGGUUAACCUGGAGGCCGGACGCCUGGAUCCUUCCUCUGGUCACCUGGCCGACCCCAGUUGCUCCGCCCCACCAGGAGACCAACAGCACCCAUGCUGUCUACUCCAACAGCUUAUUUGUUUACCCAUUAAAUGCAAGAAACGAGUCUCUCUCCCAACCCCUGAGCAUUCCAUUCUCCUGUGCCUAUCCCCUGGAGACAGAGAGCAGCCUGGAUGUGGCCAUCAAACCCUACCUGCUGACGGAGGGUGGAGUUUCAGGUUUAGUGCCAAGGCCGAAUCCUUCAUGUCUCUGUAUCGAAACGCCAACUUCACAGAGCGUACCCACCUGGAGAAGUCCUCCUGCCAGUGGGCUCUGCCUUGCACGUGGGGCGUGUCUGUGGACGAGACAUACGACCAGUGCCCUAGCGACCAUCAUCAGGUGAGGGUGGAGGAGAGCGGCUGGUCUCUCAGGGCUCGCUUCUCUGCUCUGCUGUUCCUGUACCAGGGGGACUACCGGGAUGUCUUCCUGCACUGCAGACUCAGCCUGUGUGACCAGAGGAGCUCCUCCUGCACUCGGUUAGUCCUCAACUCAUCUCCCUCUCUCUAG